UGGCGGCGUCCUUUCAAAUGUCAUGUUGUCGUUGUGUGCGAUGUGAAAUGUAAAUCAGUUCUUGAUUUGGCAUAAAAUAGAAACAUAUUCAGACCUUCUUUUAAAGUAACAUCAGCAUAUUUGUUCAGAGAUCAAACAAAACGAUGGUUCAUCUAACAUCUUUAUUACUCAGAAAAUACCAUGGUGGUCAUGUGGUUAUCCGACUGGCACUUGGUGGGGCCACUAACAGACCCUUCUACCGUAUAGUGGCCGCCUAUAACAAACGAGCACGGGAUGGUAAAUACAUCGAGCAGCUGGGAUCAUAUGACCCUCUUCCAAAUAUCUACAACGAGAAGCUUGUCAGCUUUAACUACGACCGAAUCAAAUACUGGAUGGGCUGUGGGGCUCAUCCGACAAAACCUGUGGCAAAACUGUUAGGUCUGGCUGGAUUUUUCCCUUUGCAUCCCAUGACUAUAACAGAGGCUGAGCGACAGAGGAAUAAAGCAGCUAUAAAGGAAGACGCUGCAGCAGAGAAUGAAGAUCAGGAAGAGAAGCAAGCAGAGCAAUAGACUGUUGAGUUUUUUUAUUUUUAUUUAAUCCUAAUACACAUUUACCUAAUACACAUAUUAGAAGUGAUUCUCCUAAUUUAGGUUAUUAUGCAUGUAAUCUAUUGAAUGUUGAGAGCUUCACUGAGAAAAUAAAAAUGUGAGUUUUGUACUUAAAGUCAAA